UCCGCAGAACAACGCAGGCGUUAGUUCACUUGUCGGCCAUUCCAGAACACCAGUGGUAGUGUUCUGUGAGAAUACUAGCUAGGUGUAUUUUAAUUUGCAGGGGUCAAUAUCUGAACCCCAGUACUCGUGUCUCAGCCGUAACUGAGUCCGAAGCUUGCUGUGCGUGUCGAGUUAGUGAGUGAGACGUCGCCCAUCAGGUAUUACCUUUUCUCGGCGAGUAGACAACACGCACAUGCCCCCGCGCAAAAAUACGGCACGCCGUGGUCGGCCGUGGGCGAAGUUCGGAAAUAGCGGUGAUCGGACCGCGCAGGACGAAGCAUCCGACGGAGCGGCGGUCGUAGCUUUGAGCGACGACAACAUGACGAAACCCGGCAGUCCAGCGAAAAAGGCGGCCACACCGGCGCGCAAGGUGCCAGCAGCGCCGAAGCCUCGGCCUGGCGCCGCCGCCAUUGAACAACCGGCGGCGAAAAAACGCGCCGUCGCCGCGACCAAGCCGGCGGCCGAAAAAGCAGUGCGAACCGUGAGCGAAGCCUCCGAGGACGACGGUGCUUUCGAGGCGCUCGUGCUCGAUGCAGAUGACGACGAAGAUGUGCCCGCUGGAGACGAGGAGAACGUCGCCGAAGACGGUAACGAAGAAGACGCUGCGGCUAGUCGAGAUGAGAACGAUGAAGAGGGUGACGCAGAGGAACCACUGGGCGGUGCCGAGGUCGCUGAAGAUGAUGUCGAAGGUUGGGUAGACGAGGCCGCGGAAGGAGACCUCAACGAAGAAGGCGGCGAGGUGGAGGAAGGCGGCGACCACAUCGAAGCGGUUGACGUCAAGGCAGAAGGCGGAUUGGAAGGUGACGCUGAGAGGGAUAACGCUCCCGGUGAAGAUGCAUCGGACGGGGAUCCAGAAGCGAGCGCCGAAGGCAACGAAGGAGCGGAGCCUCAAGCAAAUGGCGUUAAAAUCGAGAACGGCGGAGAAGAAGAUACGGCGGCUGCAGGUGAAGGCGAGACCAUCGUUCGCGACCUGGCGCCUUCCGAGCGAGACUUCGUGAUGGCCGAAGACGAGGAAGUCAAAGAGGAGCCGACGAGAGAGGUGAGCCGGCUGUGGGACCUGUGCCCCGACGUUGAGCUUGAGCAGGCAGAGACCAUUACGGCGUCGCUGCACGAGAGCAUCCGACGCUCGGUGCGCCAGUUCAUCGAGAGACUGCUGCGGGUCGCCAAGGAGACGGGAGGGCUUCCCGAGGAGGCUAUAGCUCAGGAUGACCAGCCCAUGUUUGGCUGCAGCCUCUGCAAUGUCAAGAUGCACAAGCCGGAGUUGUUUGACACCCAUGUGGGAACACAACGCCACGUUAAGCGCCUUCGCUGGAUGUACUUCAUGGGCAUGAACAAGGAGCUGGGCAACUACCACUGCCGGGUGUGCCAAAUCUCGGUGCCAUGCAGGGACCACUUGGUGGGCCACCUGCGCAGCGACCGCCACCUGUGCCUCAGCAAGUCCCUGAAUGUACACCCCAAGUAUUCUGAACACGUGCUGUUGCAGUUCUACCCCGAGGACGAGGUGAAAAGCUUGCUCCAGCCACAGCCACAACAACAGCAGCAGCAGCAGCAGCCAUCUGCAACCACAAGUCAGCCGUCGGCCACUGGUAAAGGGAAGGGGCAGAAAAGUGCAGAUAAACGUCCUGACAAAGGCAAGGCAAAUGCAGGCAGCACUGGACAGCAGUCCACGAGGGAUCAGUCGCCACCGGCUUCUGCAAGCCAGGGCUUCAUAUUCCACUGUGAGGUGUGCCAAGUGAUCGCAUACCACGAAGACCAGAUUCAGGAGCACUACAAAGGCAAGAAGCAUCGAGCCAAGAUGGCUGAGGAGCUUGAGAAGUUGUCAAAGCAGAAGCCAGAUGAUCCGAAAAAGGGAUCUGCAAAAGGAGAUGGUGCCCAGGCGGCCAAGGCUGGCUCCAAGGAUGCUUCCAAGGGUCCUGCCAAGGGCCCAGGUCCCAAAAAGGGUCCAGUCAACAAGACACAGUCACAACAGUUUAAGCCAAAAGGGCCCAAAUUUGGCUCUGGCCCAAUGCCAACGUACACCUGCUACGUGUGCAACGUGGUGAUGCACACUACUCGGGAAUACAGCCAGCACUUCACUACUCGGGAGCAUCGCCUGGCUGCUGGCAUCCAGGUAUCGGCACCACCACUUGGCCACAAGCGACCGCGCUCUCCGUCUCCAUUUUCGCGGGCACCUGCGUGGUCCUCUCCACCUCGCAUGCGGUCGCCUCCGCGGGACCUCUGGUCGGGAGGACCGCCACCUCGCAAACGCUCCCCCGAGCCUUUCCUUGACCCAGUCGCUCGGGACCUCUUUGUUCCGUCACCUGGACCAAGCGGUGCCUUCGAGCCUGGCCCUCGAGGACCUCAGCCUAGCAUGCUUGAGGACUAUGCGGAGCGUCGUGGUCCUGGCAAUAGCUCUGGCGGGAUGCCAGAUCCGACAUCAGUGGCUGCCACCCUGGAGACCAUGAUCCAGCUGCAGCAACGGCUGCUCAGCAACAUAGGGCCCCAGCAGGGUUCUGGCGGAGGAGGUAUGAUGGGGGCCUCGUCUGGCUACCGCGACGAAGGCUAUGGGAACAUAGCACGGAGUCUCCAGGACAUGGACCUGCAGAAGAGCCUGCAGCAGUUGAGACAGAGCCAGCGGUACAAUGUUGGUCCGUCCCCUCCGCCAUAUGGGAGUGGCAGCACAUCAGCAAGCUCUUCUCGGGGCCUCCAGUCUGGUGCUUACAUGGACAGCUCACCAUCACCUUUCCGCGAGAGCCGUUCCAGCUUUCAGGGAGGCGCGGGUGAUGGCUUUGGUGGCAAGCGGGCCUCAUACGGAGGAGCUGAUUCCUACUCACCCAUUGGGGUUGACAUGAAGAGCUCUUAUGGCAUGGGUCGUGGCAGUUCCUUUGGAGAUGGUGGUCUGGGUGGCAGUGGUGGUCUGCGAAUCAACGAGUACCGCAAGAGCAGCCUCGGACCCACGGCACCAAGGCCAUCCGACUUCGGCCGCCCACCAGUGGGCCACAUGCGUGGGAGCGAUGUCGGCAGCAAGCGCUAUUGAGCAGCUACUGCUGCUGGCCGUUCCUAUGUUUCCAGCAUACGCACAGCUUCUUGUAUUUCCCCAUGGCUAAAAGAAAAGCUUUUUCUUCCAUUACCUACUGUACAUGAUCACCUCAAUAAAGACCUUCUGUGCUGUGCACUUCAACAG